GGUACCGGGGCUGCCUGUCGCCCCGUUCCUUUCCUCCAGAAAAAUCUACCUUCCGCCACCGUAUCACCCCCGCACAGCCCUCAGCCCUCUGUACCCCGUAUAGCUGGACCGCGCCCUGCGCCCCGCGACCUGCCGAACGACGACGACGACGACGUAGACCACCGCUACGUAUCAGCGUAACGUAGUACGUAGUAAAAGGACUGCGCCAGCGCAAGUCCAAGGUUCGCCUCCAAGAUGAUUGUGUUUCUCGACCGUGUUUCUCUACGAAUAAGGCAAGGGAAUGCGUGAAUACUCAUGGAAUUGUAUUCUCGAAUAUAUCGUGUGGUAACGGAGGCACGUGAAACCGAUAUUAUACGGGACGGGAAUCGUCAGUUUUUGCUUAAACGAACAAGAAGUGUCACCGGGAGCUGUUUGUCGCCGAAGUCAACGUCACAUCCGAAUUAAUCGCCUAAGGAAACGAAAAAUUUACCCGAAGAACGUUCGAUGUCGUUGAGAAUUUUUUAAACUGUUUAGUGUGCUUUCGCGUAGCUUAGCCAAUUUUCAACAAUAUUUUCAUCGUGACUGAGAGCGAUUGAUCGCGUGUAAUUUAUAUUCGCAAGGGGAGUGACUUCCAUUUGUGUUUCGUUUUUCUUCGCCGAUAAAACUCAGAUAUACGGAUUUCCACCCAACGUGCACGGUCCGCGGGCAGCGAAAUUCGAUGUUUUCAAACGUUGGACUACAUACUCGGUUCAACGCUGUUGCGGACAGUUUGAAUCUUCAUCCGGACCUCUCUAUAUAGCGUUCUUACGGAGUGAUAACGAGAGUUCCUGCGGAAUCAAAACCAGCUUCGUCUACCCGCCGUGCCCUGAGAGCCCUAGAUGUGAAGAGGGUUGGUCGCCGGUCCGAUUUCAUCAUUAAGACAAAAGAAAAGGCAGCACGAGUGAAAACUGGUGUCAUAAAGUGCAAAGAUUCGAGUGCGACAAAUGUGCAAUAAUAAUAAGAAUAGUACCACUAAUUGUGGUGGAGCACUCUGAAGAAAUAAAAAUCACAAUCGUUGAGCGGUUCGUCAAGGCGGUGUGUCGAUAUACUCUCGUACGUUGACAAAAAUAUGUGAACCAAGUCGAGGCAUAAGCCCGAGAUCCAGUUUCAGCAUUUAAAUCGAGAACCGGGCAAAAGUGACUAGAAAAAUAAUAAUUAUACCUGCUAUUCGGAUUCGCGACGAAAAUAAUUGACGAUACGUUGAAAUAGUUUGUACUGCAUGUUUUACAAUUCAUAUUCUUCGGCUUCGACGUGAACGCUAUCAAUUUCUACCCGGUGUAAUAUUAUUAAAUCUCAAUCAGUAUCGUCUAGUGCCGGAUCGGGACAAAAUGGCUUUCGCUUGCGUAAAAAUUCUGUGUUUUGGUGUAAUCCUUCUGCUGAGAGCAGAAACUUCCCGCCAACAAGAAGAAGAUAUUCCUCACAACGAAGUCAAGAACUGGGCGCUAAAAUUUGGCGUGGAUCUUUGGGAGUUUGGUAGACAGGUGACAAAGAUGAAUGAAAUACAACGGAAAUAUCACGAAGUGGAGGCUGACGUGGCACGGAAGGACGGGCUUCUCUUGAUCCGAGAAAUGGCAGCAGAAGUGAAAAACAUGAUGGAUUUCAAAAUGAAUGCCGUCAUGCGGAUAAUGGAGAGCGCGGAACAGGCGGCCGUCUCUGCCCCGAGGGACGUUGAGUCACCCCCUAAGUAUUACUCUUCCCACCGUCUGAAUAUAUUUACGAAGGAUAAAAAAAUUGCUCCCGGUUCUCAAGAAAUGAUCCUGACUCCCAGCCGUCACUUUGACCAUUUGCCCGUAAACGUUAGCCUGUCCGCGGUGCUUUUGCCAUUUGGCGUCAAAGAUACCGACCCGGAUGUCGCCGCUGGUAUUCGAUGGAGCGACUAUCUGGAUCCACUUUUCGCCAAUAAUUACGAGAGCGACCCGUCGCUUUCGUGGCAGUACUUCGGAGCAACUUCCGGCUUCCUGCGUCGUUUUCCUGCUAUUUCGUGGCCACCUCUACCGACAUCGACGCCGUCUCGAUCAUCGUCGGUGGUACGUGAUGUAUACGACUUUCGCAAUUCCGGAUGGUUCGUCGGAGGAGCGACGAGUUCUAAGGACAUAGCAAUUCUCAUCGACAACGGAGGUUACAUGUCCGGAAAGAGGCGCGACCUCGCCGUAGCGACAGCCAAGGCCAUUCUGGGGACCCUUGGCCCUGACGACUACGUGAACGUCUACCGUUAUGCAGAGGGCGUGGACGAGACUGUUCUCUGCUUCAAGGACAGUAUGGUCCAGGCCACACCUGAGAACGUCAGGGAGCUCAAGGUGGCCCUCGACGCGAUGAAGCCGGAGGGAACAACCAACGCUUCCGCGGCCCUGAGCACGGCCUUUGAGAUAUUGCACAAGUACAACAGAACCGGCCAGGGUAGCCAGUGCAACCAGGCGAUCAUGAUGAUCACGUCCGACACUAACGACGUGCCGAAGGAACUUAUCAAGAGAUAUAAUUCACCGCACAUGCCGGUAAGGAUAUUCGUCUAUCUCGUUGGCGGAGAAAAGAGUCCCGGACUACGCGCAAUGGCGUGUGCAAACAAAGGCUAUUACGCCAGAGUUUCAAGUAUGGAUGAAAUCGAGGAAAAAGUUUUCGAGUAUAUCAAGGUCCUGGCGAGACCUAUGGUGUUGUAUCAACACGAUCAUCCGAUACACUGGACGUCCGUAUACGUUGGAGGAAAGAGCAACAGGUACGGCGAGGAAAGUAGCGGGCAGCUGAUGGCUUCUGUGACGGCGCCCAUAUUGGACCGCCGUAACCAUACGGUGAGGGUGGCCAAUCUGUUAGGAAUCGUAGGUACGGAUGUUCCGGUCGAACAGAUACAGAAGCUUGUGCCUCCGUAUAAGCUCGGCGUCAAUGGCUAUUCGUUCAUUGUUGACAACAAUGGUCGGAUUUUGUACCACCCGGAUUUGCGUCCCCUGCCAGGAAAUAUUGACUACGAUGAGACACUGAGGCCAAAGUACGUGAGCGUUGAUUUAUCGGAAGUCGAACUGGCGGAACACGAGGCGUCCUCCCAUCCGCUGAACAACUCUCUGCUCUUGGACCUGAGACACGAUAUGAUUGAUCAGAAGGAGGGAGAGACCGAAUUCGCUGUGAAAAUUCACUAUGACGAUAUGAAGAGGGUGACCUUGAGGAGGCACAAAUAUUUCUACAUGCCGAUCGAGGGUACACCAUUUUCUCUGGGUCUCGCUUUGCCGGAGGGGUACGGGAUGUACGAACUCCUCGCAGAGCAAGAAAUCAAGCACGCUAAAUUUAACGUUACCGACUUUUUCAAGGGGAAUAACUGGAAGGUACACCCCGACUGGGUUUACUGCGAAUAUAACUCAGGGUCGAACAAAUGGUUCGCCAGCCCCGAGGAUAGGGUUUUUCAUUUCUUAGACCGGACUCGCCGUCCUGGUUGGAAAUGGAUGUCGUUGAGACCCAGAAGCCCCAGCUCGCAUCAUAGACAAGCGAGUAAGCCGGACAAGGAUUCGUACUAUUGUGACAAGACUUUGGUGCAGUCGUUGGUGCUGGACGCUUUGGUAACCGAUGAGUUUGAUAGAAAAAGUACACAUUCUAUGCGUAAAGAUGAUAAGCAAAGCCCAAUUGCCAUACUGAUGGCUCUACUGCACAGCCAAGGAAAAGGUAUGUUCGGAGUAACGCGCAGCUUUAUCGCCACCCGUAGCGGACUGCUCCGAUGGCACGAGCAUCCGUCACAGGAGGAUGUUCCGGCAGUCGAAGCUACAAACGAACCACACUUUGGCGACGUCCACAGGAGGGCUAUGGAUUCCUCCUGGUAUAAGCGAGCCGUCGACCAGCACUCCGUCGAACCGGAAAGUUUUGUGUUCAGUGUGCCCUUCAACGCCGCCGACGGUGCAAAAUCAUUGGUAACCGCAACGCACGCUGUAUUCGUUGAACGAAAGGGCCACAGGGCUCCUGCGGCAGUGGUCGGUCUCCAGUUCCUACAUUCGUCGCUGGCAUCUCACUUUAUCAAUAUCACGUCGACGUGUACAGCAAUGACGGAGUGCAAAAAAACUUGCGCGUCUGAAGAACUGGACUGUUAUAUCCUAGACAACAAUGGUUUUAUUAUUAUAAGCGAAAGGCACGAGCACACUGGGAAAUUCUUCGGUGAAAUUGACGGAACAAUCAUGGACUCUCUGGUUCAAGAUAGAAUUUACAGAAACAUAACGGUCGUUGACUACCAGGGAGCUUGUCUUCCUCAACGGUCGCAUUAUUCAGCUGCUGUAAGAACCAUUUCGAACUCGAUCGUCAAAACAUUAGCAUCGAUUGGUGGUUUAUUCUGGAGUUUCGCCGUCCGGAUGAAUCUUUACGGAUUAUGGGGACCCGUGCAGUGGACUCACGCCGAAGAAACAGAGCCGGAUGACGAACCCGCCUAUACGGACUACGAUACGAACCACGUCGAGUCGUAUCAACCUAAAUACACUCAGGAAACCGCACCCGAGACGGAGGAACUUCCGGCGCCUCCGGCUGCAGGACCCGCUCCUGCUCCGGCUCCGGCUCCGGCGGUGCCCCCGGCGACCCACGCGACUCACGCGAGUUAUUCCGCAGGGCGAAGGAUUCGUGCUUGCGAGAAGAAGACCGAGCUUUACAUACUGCAACCGGAACGAUUGAAUACCAGCGGCCUGAGUAAUCCGCUCAAGGGGAAGUUGACCAAUUGCGACGAGAGCGGGUGCGAAAGACCGUUCAGUGUGCAGAAGAUUCAACAUACGAAUUUGAUCCUUCUGGUGGUCGACACUACGUGCCCCUGCGGAAGCAAACUGCUCAGUAUAGAGCCGAUAGAGGCACUUACCGAACCAGAGGCGUGUACCGCGAGGAGAGAACGCCUCUACCGACACAGACCACCGAAAUGUAUAAAUUAUCACCCCGAGGAGAUGGAAAUUAAACAGUGCGGAGGAUCAAACCGCGUCGACAUCAGUGUGACGACUCUGGCCGUCGUUACAAUCCUCCUCACAACUGCAACGUCU